AUGUCUUUCAAACAUGGAGAUAUGGCAAUCCAGGAGCUGGGCUCCCGGCAAUACAAGGAUCGUGAUGAUGAAGACAUGGCAAAGUUUGGCAGGAAACAGCGUUUCGAGAGAAAUUUCGGGUUCCUGUCGAUGCUGGGCUUCACAACCACGAUGAUGUGUACUUGGGAGGCGGUCCUUACCGCUAAUCCAGCAGCCAUGACUGACGGAGGACCAGCAACCCUCGUCUACGGGUUUAUCUUCUGCUGGAUUGGAGCUUUGUUAACAGCAGCUUCUCUUGCCGAAAUGGCCUCGAUGGCUCCCACGUCGGCAGGUCAAUAUCACUGGGUGUCAAUCCUCGCCCCUAAAGGCCAGGCUGUCUUCCUCAGCUGGGUAACUGGAUGGUUGGACAUGAUCGGAUGGUGGGCCAACACUGCGUCGGGUGUGUAUUUCGCUGCCACCGUCUUGCAGGGCCUUCUGGUGUUGAACUAUGACGGAUACGACUUUCAACGUUGGCAUGGAACCCUGCUCAUGUUCGCGGCGCUGGUGAUUUGCCUUUUGGUCAACUCCUUCGGGGCAAGGCUCCUACCUAAGAUCGAAGGUUUAAUUCUCAUUCUCCAUACCGCUGGCUUCCUAGCUAUCCUGAUCCCCUUGGUUUAUCUGGCUCCGCACAAGAACGGCGAAUUCGUCUUUGCAAACUUCACCAAUACCUCGGGAUGGAAGAGCUCUGGCCUUACCUGGCUGAUUGGGCUGAUGGGGACGAAUCUUCCAUUUAUUGGAUAUGAUGGCCCUUGUCACAUGUCGGAGGAGGUAGUGAACGCCUCGGUUAUAGUCCCCUGGUGCAUGAUCGCGACCAUCAUGCUAAACGGUGUCCUCGGUUUCGCCAUGGUCCUAGCCUUCCUCUUCUGCGUUGGCGACCUUGACGCCGCCCUCGACAGCGCAACAGGAUACGACUUCAUCGAAGUAUUCUUCAACGCGACAAAAUCCCACGCCGGAACAUCUGUAAUGACCGCCAUCGUAAUUGUUGCUGACUAUCUGCGCAUCAUAAACUCCAGGGCAUCCGGCUCCGCCCUCCCCCUCCGCGCCAUCGCCCUCUGCGCCAUAAUCACAGCCAUUACCUGCCUCAUCAACAUCGGCUCGAGCGCGGCCUUCAACGCCAUGAUCUCCCUGACCACAGCAGGACUCUUCUCUUCAUACGAAAUCGCGAUCGUGCUAAUCCUCAUCAAGAAGCUCAAGAACGAGCCUCUACAGUACGGCCCAUGGAAGAUGGGCAGGCUCUGGGGUAUCCUGAUCAAUAUCGGUUCGAUCUGUUUCUUGACCAUCACUAUCUUCUUCUCGUUCUUUCCCGAGGAGUUGCCGGUCACGCCAACAAAUAUGAACUGGUCGAUUGUGGUAUUUAUGGGAGAGUUUCUCCUGGGCUUGGGGUGGUAUUUGGUUAGGGGUAGGAAGAUUUAUCACGGGCCGGUUAUGGACAUGCCGGUUGCUGUUGGGGAAAGUGCAGUGGUCGGUGGGGAUUGUGUGGAUGAGGAGUAA